UGAUUGAAAAAAAUUAUAAAAAGAUGAAGUCAAUGAUAAGUAAAUAUAUAAGAUCUUUCUUACCUCCUAUUUGGAAUGGUGAGAGCUGUAAGAUGGUAAUAGUGGUUCGAUCAGAUUUACCUAUGGGAAAAGGUAAAACUGCUGCUCAAUGUGCUCACGCUGCUUUAGAAUGCUGUCGCCAAACCCUCAAUAACGAAAAGAAGCGAUUAAUGUUUGAAUCCUGGUUACAAUGUGGGCAGCCUAAAAUUGUUGUUAAAAUACCAAACGAGCAAGAGCUAUUGAUCUUAGCAGGUAAAGCUGAACGUGCUGGUUUAAUUACUGCCAUAAUAAAAGAUGCUGGUAUAACUCAGCUGAAGCCUGGUACAGUCACAGUUGUUGGUAUAGGUCCUGGUUCCAAUGAAACCAUCGAUAGUCUUACAUCAAGAUUAAAAUUGUUAUAAUUUUGUUAUAU